UGUGCCUUCAGAGGAUUUACCGCCACAGGGCUUCUCAGUCAACAGCAAGCCCAGCAGCACACAUUCUUCAUUAUGCCUGGCACCACAACAGGGAAGAAGCUGGAUCUUUCCAGGCUCACAGAUGAGGAGGCCAAACAUGUGUGGGACGUUGUCCAGCGAGAUUUUGACCUGCGGAAGAAGGAGGAAGACAGACUUGGUGAGCUGAAGACCAAGAUUGAGAAGGAAGACACUAAAAGGGAGCUCUUAGGACACCAGACCAGCCUGACUGAGUCCUACUGUAUUCGAUGCCUCCAGCCCUUCAAAUUCCUGGUCAAUAGCAAACGUCAGUGUCUGGACUGCCACCAUUAUAUCUGCAAGUCCUGCAGCCGCUACAACAAGAAGGAGCAUGGCUCAGUGUGUGAUCCCUGUCAUAUGGCCAGGGUCCUCAAGAUCGGCACAUUGGAGUGGUACCAUGAAAACGUCCGUACCCGCUUUAAGCGCUUUGGCAGCGCCAAGGUGAUGCGAUCACUCUUCAAGAGGUUGAACAGUGAACACAGUUGCUCUCAGAGUGACUGUGGAGCAGAUGGAUAUGAGGAGCACAGUAUGGAUGCAACGGAUUCAAAACACUACAAAAGGAUAAAAAAGGCCAAAAGGAGGUUAACUGUCGAUCCCAUUGAUUUCGAACUGGGCUGUGACUACUCCGAGGCAAGAGGACAGUCUAAUCAGGCCCCAGGUUCCCAUGACAUCCUGUUCAUUGAUGUAGGUGUGGGGGAGUUGAAUCUUGCUGAAGCCGAAAUGGCCUCGGUUUUCCAUCAGAUGUCGGAGGAGCAACGCACAGGUGCUGACCUGGGAAUGUCUCCACAAGGAAGACAUGAUAAAUAUGACCUGGUGUACUCGGACAGUCGAACCAUCCCAUCUCGCUCCGUCUCGCAGCUCAGCCACACCUCCUAUGGCAGCAGUAGUGCAGGGGGCCCCCAGGGCAGCAGCAGCUAUCUGCCCGGCCCGGAUGACUCCGAGGAGGAAGACGAUGACCAAUGUCAGCCCUACCUGCUCUACCAGUCUCACCUAGGCCCCUGCAGCCACACUUCUCAGGAGAGCUUGAACUCAGCUAACCCCCAACCACAGAUCACUGACCUGAACAGACACAUAUCCAGCAUUGAGACCAUCCUGAGCCGCUUAGAACAGAAAGUCACCUCAACAUAUGACCAGGCUUCCAUAACUCCAAACAGCAGCUCUCCUCUUCCUCAGUGGGAGGGAACGGACCUAGAGGAGCAGCAGCUCAGGCAGAAGCUGCAUGAAAUGACAAACAACAUUAGUGAUCACAGCCUAACCUCUGACGAGGACGAGUCCAACGGGCCUCAUUCCUCGCAAGAGAUCCCAGCAUGGCGGAGCCCAGAGAGUGACAGCAAACCUUCCAGACUCCCUACCAGACCUUCGUCCAGAACAAGUACCGUGGACUCCAUACUGGAGGAGGAGCCUCAGCAAACAGACUCUCAGAAUAAAUCUGUAGCAGAAUUAAAGACAAACCAUCUGACAGAGAGUGUGGAGAGGAAGUGGCACCCCCUAGAGGAGGGAUCCAAGUCAAGCUUCAGAGGCUCAACAGCUUUACUUGUUGAACUAGAAGGCCAGGUAGCUCAAGCAGCUGCCAAUGUCCAAAACGCCCAGAGCGAGGUCUCUUACAUAGAGAAUAGAAUUGCUGCUCUGAAUGCUGCCGGCAUGCCUGUGGAUAAAAGGAGAAGGUCUGCAAUCCCAAUCCACCCAAGAAGACUUUCCCACAACUUUCCCACAAGCCAAGUGGACAAAUUUGUGAGGAACUCCCUCUACAGGGGCUCCCUGACGCAGAGGAACCCGGUGGCCAAGCCCAAGACCAGAGCAAACUGUGCGAAACCAGUCAUGACACAGGGUUCCUGAGGAGGAGGCUAAGCCUUUUGUGACUGAGCAGUCUUUUCUCAUUACCACAUUUUGUCAGUUUAUUACAGUUGUCAUAAACUGACAUUUAGCAUAAUGAACUUUAGUCCAGUUAAAGGGUGUAUUACUUCAAU